CGCCACCCGGAAGAGGAGGCAGGCUGUGCUGCCGGCACCAAGGAAGAUAUUACUUGCGGGCUCAGGCCUGGCUAGUUUCUGAGCCCAUCUUGACCAAGGCAAAGCAAAUGAGGAGCUGAGUCUGGUGCAAUGUGAUGGCCAUCCACCUAGACGCUGCAGGAUUAAGAGGAGCGAGGGUAAUCGGCCCAAACGGAUCCCAGGGCUAUGGCAGACCUUUCUAACCAGACCUUCACGUCCUUUGCUGAUGAGGUACAGAGUUCCAGUUCAUUCAGCUCCUCUGAAGGACUGCAGUCCUGGCCCCAGGACUCUGAGAGCAAACCUGAGAACGGACAGCCGAUUACAUGCUUGGAAUAUCAAGACAAAAAAUCUGGGAUAUCAGAAAAGGAGUUUAGUUGGAAAAGGAUCAACUACCUGAAGGGCAAAACAACUAACUCUGGACGGUACCAACCAGACACUAAAAUUCAAACAGAAAUCACUUCGGUAUCCAAUGAAGAAUUGAAUGCCCUGCAGUCUUUUUGCACCAUUAAGAUAAACCUGAUCCAUCACAGAGCAAACUCUAAGGAGAAAAAGAGCAGUAGGCAUAAAAAACUGCAGCUUAGAUUGGAUGCAGAGGCUUCAGAGACAGAUGCCUUAAACUGUACUGUCCCUGAUGAGCUUUUGAACAGAAUCUAUUUUAAAAACAUGAGGACAACAUUAAAGCAGGUGGCAAUGGCUAAACAACACAUUUCUUCUCGAUGUCCUGAUUGUAACAGGAAAAGAGCAGAACUGGCUCAAUCUACCUUCCUAAAACAAAAGAAGACUUUACUAGAGUCACUUCUACUCCAAACAAAAAUAGAUGAAUAUCUUCAUACUAAAGACUUCCUUACCCUUAUUGCAGAGGCACAUCAAGGCCUUCCCAGGCUUUCAGAUGACCCCAGAAUAAUCUGGAAAAGACUGAAUGAGAAAAGUCAGAUCAGAUGCUCUGGUUUUUGAAAGGUCAGAUACAAAGCAGAAGAUGCAGAAAAAUGGAAAUAAUGCUUGUCAUUCGCCUUUUGCGCUAUCACUACUCAAGCAACUUAUUCUAAACAAAACCACUUAUUCUAACCAAACAGG